AUGGAGAACUCUAACGAGGUUUCGUUAGAAUCUGAAUUAACUGAUCUUGUAGAUGAUGCUGUUGACUACAGAGGACAGCCAGCCGUUAGAUCCAAAUCUGGUUAUUGGAGAUCCGCUUGGUUCAUCAUAGGUGUGGAAGUAUCAGAAAGAAUGUCAUUUUAUGGAAUUCAAGGGAAUUUGAUAUCAUAUCUAACAGGACCACUCAAACAGACCACUGCUUCAGCUGCUAAAAAUGUGAAUAUCUGGGCUGGAACAGCUUCUCUUCUUCCUCUCUUAGGUGCUUUCGUCGCUGACUCUUUUCUUGGACGAUACCGCACAAUCAUAAUCGCUUCUCUCAUCUAUAUCUUGGGACUUGGCUUGUUAGCAUUAUCAGCUAAGCUUACUUCCCUCACCAAAUCUAAAUGCCAAGUUGAUACUAAAUUCAUAUUAUGCUCCCAACAUUCACAAGUUAUCUUAUUCUUCAUCUCACUUUAUCUUGUUGCCAUUGGACAAGGUGGACAUAAACCCUGUGUUCAAGCUUUCGGUGCGGAUCAGUUCGAUGAAAAACAUCCGAAAGAACACAAAGCUAGAAGCUCGUUCUUUAAUUGGUGGUUUUUUACAAUGGUUGCAGGUUGCGCAGCAACACUCGCAAUCUUGAAUUAUAUACAAGAUAACUAUAGUUGGGUUCUUGGAUUUGGAAUCCCUUGUGUCGUAAUGAUAGUUGGUUUGCUUGUUUUCUUGCUUGGAACAAUGACAUAUAGGUUUAACAUUAAGGAUAAUGGCAAGAGUCCUUUUCUUAGAAUCUGUCGUGUAUUUCUCGCAGCUAUAAGAAAUUGGCGAGACACCUUACCAAACACAUAUAUUGAAGAGGAAUGUGAAGGAAUGCUUCACCAUCAAAGUUCUGAUCAAUUCAACUUCCUCAACAAGGCAUUGUUAACACCAAAGGGAUCUAAACAAGAAAACAAUUGUAGCAUUAGCGAGGUUGAAGAAGCAAAGGCAAUACUAAGGUUGGUUCCAAUUUGGGCUACAUCUUUAGUUUACGGUAUUGUCUUUGCUCAAGUUUUUACAUUCUUCACCAAGCAAGGAAAAUCUAUGGAGAGAACAAUAUUUCCCGGUUUCGACAUACCCCCAGCUUCACUUCAAACGAUUAACAGUCUCGCCGUUGUUCUCUUCAGUCCUAUCUACGACCGCAUAUUUGUUCCAAUAGCACGAGCUAUCACCGAAAACCAUCAGGCAUCACAAUGCUUCAAAGAAUCGGAACUGGAAUUUUUAUAUCCAUAUUCAUAG